UCAUCUCUUUCACUCUCUCUAAAAGGAACCCAUCUUCCUGGUUUCUCUCUCUCUACAACAUUAAAAGCCAUUGCUUUUAGUUACAGGUUGAGGUUUUCUCCUCUCUCUCUCUUUAUUGGGUGUGUGACAGUGAAGUCUAGCAGAGCUGAAAAAAACAGAGCAAGAGGGAGGGGGUUUCAAUAGUAAAAAGCUUGAAUGGAGAGGACCAAAAGUAGACACAGAAUCUGAAUUGGUUUCUGUCUCGGGAGCGCUUCCCUUUAUGAAUCUUGGUACACUGCAACUACAAAGUUUCAGUCUUCCACUUUGGAAAUGGUAGCUUCUGCUAAGUUGGUGUGAUAUUUCGUACUCUUUCUACUGCUACAUGGCUCUCCUUUCACUGUUUUGGGGUUCUUCUGCUCAUUAAUUAAAGGGGAUCAGCUUCAACACUAAAAGUACAUCAUUUCUUUACUUGCUGAAAUUUCUUCUGAGGUUUUUGAUCCCUAUUUGACCUUAUUGAGCCGCUAGGGAGUUAAUAGGGGGUGUUCUAGUUUUUGGUGGUGUUGAGGGGAAGAGAUGGAUAUGAGUGAGAAAGAUAAAUUUGAAUUGGAGAAUAGGAAUGAGGAGCCUAUGAAUUAUUCACCUUCUAUGACCUAUGGGUUUGGUGGCUCCAAUCUCACAAAUGCAUCUAUGGAUUUGGUUCCUACUGGGAAUUCUAUGGCAGAUAGUAAAGAGGAUCUGAUUGGUUCUUCUUCACAACCCUCUGCUUCAAUGGUGGAGUCAUUUAGCCCAGCGCUUUGGGACCACCCAACCAAUGCACAAAACAUGGGUUUUUGUGACAUUAAUGGUCAGACCAGUGCAAGCACUUCAAACACAAUGGGAAUUAGAAAAGGGAUUCCUGCCUCUUUGAGAAGUGGGAUUGAUAGACCACUUGAUAUGUGUUGGAACCCACCAAAUUCGAUGUUGAAAGGGGGAAUUUUCUUACCAAAUGGGCCGGCAGGGAUGCUACCGCAGAGCUUGUCUCAGUUUCCAGCUGAUUCUGGGUUCAUUGAGCGUGCUGCUAGGUUCUCGUGCUUCAAUGGUGGGAAUUUUAGUGAUAUGAUGAACCCUUUUGUUGUUCCUGAAUCAAUGAGUCUUUAUUCUAAGGGUGGGGGAAUGAUGCAAUGGGCUGUGGCAGGCCAGGGGACUAAAGCAAUGUCCAGCAAUGAGCUCAAUCAAGUAGGUGAUGCUUCGAACGAGGUUUCUUUGCCUAUUGAUCAUGGGGCAACUGAUGGGAGCCCACUUAAGAAUGAGAAGAAAAGUGAGAGUCUUGUGAAGUCUCACGAUGAAGCAAAAAAUGCAAUGGAUGGGUCUGGUAAUGAGUCUGAUGAAGCCGAUUUCAGUGGUGGUGCGGAGGAGCCGUCUAUGAUGGAGGAUACAGGGGUGGGACCUUCUUCUAAGGGCUCUAAGAAAAGGAAAAGGAGUGGACAGGCUAAUGAACUUGAUCAAACCAAAAUAGCUGCACAUCAAUCCGUUGAAUCAACAAAGGAUGAUACUGAAAUGGUACAGAAGGGAGCUUCAACUACCAACAAGACUACUGGAAGACUUGUCAAACAAGGGUCUCAGACGUCUGAUCCACCAAAAGAAGAAUAUAUUCAUGUUAGGGCUCGAAGAGGCCAAGCAACAAAUAGCCAUAGUCUUGCAGAAAGAGUCAGAAGGGAGAAGAUCAGUGAGAGGAUGAAGUUUCUUCAAGAUCUUGUACCUGGAUGUAGCAAGGUAACUGGGAAGGCAGUGAUGCUGGACGAAAUCAUUAAUUAUGUACAGUCAUUGCAACGGCAGGUUGAGUUUUUGUCAAUGAAACUUGCAACAGUGAAUCCACGAUUGGAUUUAAACAUUGAAAGCCUCCUGGAAAAAGAUAUCCUUCAGUCACGAGUUGGACCUUCAUCUUCGAUGGGAUUUUCUCCGGAUAUGCAUAUUGCCUAUCCUCCACUUCAUCCAUCUCAGUCGGGACUUAUUCAAGCAGGCCUUCCUGGGAUGGGGAGCUCUUCUGAUUUGCUUCGAAGGGCCAUGGGUUCCCAAAUGGCACCUAUGACUGGAGGAUUCAAGGAGCCUUCCCAGCUAUCAAAUGUGUGGGAGGAUGAGCUCCAGAAUGUUUUCCAAAUGAGCUAUGGAACUGGAACUCCCUCCAAUAGCCAAGAUGUCGAUGGAUCUGGGACACCAGGCCAUAUGAAAGUUGAACUUUGACUAUAUGAUUUCUACUUGACACAACACUCAUACGGCCCGCAUAUAUGCACAUUACUACCUUGAUGAAAUAACAAUCAUCAUGAUAUUCCUUCGUCGUAUCACCAAGGAUGAUUAAGAUACCCUCUCAACAUUUACCGCAGGCUCUACCAGUUAAAUUUGACGCCUCUGGCUUGGAGAAUUCUGAGAAAUGUAAUGCAGAAGCAGAUGACAUGCUGAACAAUGCUUCCUAUGCGGAGAGGUGAAAUUUUUUGAUCGAUGGAGCGGUAUUGUUGCUCUCUGGUUCAAUUGACUUUUGUGGAUCAAUGAUGUAUAGAGAUUGAGAGACUAAUGGGGUCCUUGUUUCCAAGAAUCUUGGUGAUGCUUUUGUUCAGUUUAGAAUUUAGAGUAAGAAGCUGUUUGCGUCGAUUAAUUAUGUAUCACCAAAUGUAAUAUAAUCUUCUCUUGUCAGCAAGUGUGCUUUUGGGUCUUGCCCCUAAUUAUGAUCAAAGUGAGGUUGUACACUUCUUCCA